UUCUAGACGCUUCGCGUAUCCCCACCAGCUCCGUAGCCAUUUUGGCUCAAGCCAUCGAUCGGGCGACCCCCCGGGCGCGCGCGCGCUCGCGCCGGCAUGCCUCCCGCGGCCUCGGCGGCCAUGCGCGCGCCAGGCGUCCUGCCUCUGCCCACCUCGUCCGACCGCGGCGCGGGCGUCGCGGGCAUGCCGCGCCAGGCGCGCUCGGUGAGCCCAGGGCGGCUGCUGCAGGCGCCCUCGCCGGAGCGGGCGGCGGGGCUGCCGUGGACCUGGGGGGGCCCGCCGCGGGCCGAGCGCGCGGGGUCGCCGCCGGCGGAGUCUCCGCUGCGGCCGCGCGACCUGUCGCGGGAGGUGGCGCACCCGCGGCAGGCUGCAGGGCUCGGGCCGGCGAUGGACGUGGAAAGGCUGCUGCGCGAGAUGGAGGACAUGCGGCAGCAGAUCGGCGGGGUGCGCAGCAGCUCGCUGGUGGCGGAGCAGCAGGUGCGCGUGCUGCGCAGCCGCCUCGACAGCCUGAGCAUCAGCUUGCACACGGAGGUGGCGGACAGCCUGCAGGGGCGACUGGAGCACCUGGAAUGCAGGGUGGACUCUGGCGACCGGUGGCUGUCGCAGCUGGAGGCCAACUGCCAGCGGCAGGCCAGAGGCCACGGCGAGAUGAUCGAGGGCCUCGCCAAGCGCGUCGAGCAGCUCUCCGCGCGCGCUCCCGGCGCGCCGCCGCCCUCCGUGCUGGCCAGCGGGCUCGAGAGCCUCGCCGCGGAGCUGCGGCAGGAGAAGGAGCAACUGCGGGGCCUCGCGCGCGCGCUGGAGGACGAGCGCCGCCAGCGCGAGGAGCUCGGCAAGACGCUGGGCGACGUCAGGGCUGGCAUGGCGGCGGGGCGCGCGGAACGCGCGGCGCUCGGCGGCGAGCUCGAGGCGCUGGGGGAGGCAGUGCGGGAGUCCGCGCAGCUGGGCCUGCGCGAGGCCGGCGCGGCCAUGGAAACGCUGGAAAGUCGGGUACGGGAGCAGCUGGAGGCCAUCCGGGCCCUCGCCGAGGAGAGGCCCGAGGGCGGCGACCGGGACCAGACCGAGGCGAACGUCUGGGAACUCGUGGACACAAAGGUCGAGGCUGCCGUCGGCGCCACGCGGGCCGCGCUGCAGCACGAGCUGGACGGGUUCAGCGCGCGGCUGCUGGGGCAGCGCGACGCGCUGCACGACGCGCUCGGGGAUGCCCUGCGGCGCGAGGGCGCGGCGCGCGAGGAGGCGGUGAGCGCCCUGCGCGAGUCCCUGGACUCCCAAGCCCGCGGCGAGAAGGCCGGCUGCGCCCAACAGCUGGAGGGCUUCUCGCUGCGGCUGGACCAGAUGCAGGACGGCCUCGAGGAGCGCCUGGCGACGCUGGAGGGCUUCCUCGACGCCCUGAGGGACAGCGUCCGCCCCAGGAACCGCUUCUCCGAGCCCCUCGCGCCCCACUGAGCGCGAGCCCUGCGGGGGCCACCGACGGUGCGGGCGAGGCCCGGCCGCCGCCGCGCGGCCAGGGCCCGCCGCGCUCGUGCGAGCGCUCGCGCGCGACGGGGCUGUGACGGCGCAGGGUCGUGAGCGGGGGACAACAAAAAAUCCGUCACACGGUUCACUCGGGCUCUUCUCUGGCAUGGGCCCGAGGUGCCCGCCGCGCACCCACCUGGGACGGCUGGGGCUGCAGGACAAAGGCACCCCCCUCUCUCGCUCCAUUACCAGCGCUUCUGUCAGCAUCGAC